AUGGGCGUCUUUAGUUCCAAAUCAUUAAAAAAAACUCAACGACAAAAUAAACUUAUACUGCAUUUUAAUAAAAAUCCAAAAUCAAAAAAACGCUUAAGCGUUUACAAGAUAAUCGAAUCUCAAGAUUAUAAUGAUGUUCCGAGUUCACCAUAUCCAAUCAUAAACAAUGAAGAAGAACUAAAAAAAAUGGAAUACAUUCAUAAAUCUUUCAAAAUAUUUUGGGGCAAUAAUUUUUCUGCGCCUGUAAAAGAAGUGCUGGAAUUAGACAAAGCCAAUCUUAUUGAUGAUAUUGUUUCAACAAGUAAACAAUUGCCAUUAAAUAGUAAUGAUAGUACACUUGGACGAAUGGGUGGCGAAAUGAUACUUGACUCGAUUAAAUCAUUGGCUAUUGAUGGAAUAGGUAAUAAAGAAUACGAAUCAAUUGUUGCUGAAUUGGAUGAUCCUCAUUAUAAACCUUGCUUCCAAGGUUCAUUUGAUUGUGCAGUUUCCAAUAGGCGAUCAGUUGUUGAAUAUUGGAAUCAAUUAGAGCCAGAAAGUUCAAGUCAGUUGUUAGUUCCAGGUACAGAAAUGACAAAAAAAUAUGCAGAUUAUCCUGAAACAAGUAUGGAUUGUGGUAAAAAAAUUGGUGGUGCACCAACAAAAGGAACUAUUCAUUUGCCAUAA